GCGAUGCGCGGGAAGUAAGGGAUUCGCAGACCACAAAAUUCCAUUCAACUGGAUACCGGUCGUGAAGUCUGACUGACUACUGCACAACUGGACAAAUAUUUCGGUUGGAGACAAGUCCUUUGCGUGAUCCAGAAGACUCUGAAGCAGACGCAUUCCACCAGCUCACAAUGCCUCCUCCUCGAGGCACACCGCCGCCAAGUCAGGGCUACAGCACAGAUACCGCUUUCGGUCGCGCUCAUCCCAAAGUGAUGAAGAGCCUUAUCAUAGCGUGUCAAUUCUCAGGACCGCUACUGAUUGGGACGCUACUCUGGACCGCCGGAUUCCUGAAGCGACCCAUGUGGGAGAGAGUCAUCAUGUGGAGGGCAUAUCUAUGGACUUACAUCUCGAGAUGGGUCCUCGUCAGCUGCGCGAUCACUUGGACGUUGAACGGGUGGGAUUCUCGGGAUGAAGGACAGGGAAGGAACACGGAUCCAAAUUGAGCAGCUUGCCCACAUGCCAGUGGCGGCCUUGCUUGUGAGCUUUUGGAGGGACUUGCGCGGACGGUGAUGACAUGAUUGGUGGAGCCUUCAUUUCCAACAGCAUUUGAGGAGCAUUCUUUUCCAACAGGAUCUGAGGAGUACGGUCGCUGAUGUCCACUGUUCCAAGACCAAAAGUCGAUCAAGGAGCAACUCGGGAUUAAUAGCUGGACUUUCCGAGGGUACUAGCCUCCUCAUGAAGAGCAAUGAGCACGGCAUCUUCCACGCAUCUUGAUCCCCACGGCGACAACGAGAACAUCUCUGACACCCUAUAGCUCGCAUCCAACCAGGACAUUAUUGUGCCGGUGCGUGUCACUCCAGCAGCCCAUCCUACCUUCGCAGCAUCGCCCUCGCCAUCGCCCUCGCCCCUUGGUAUCACCAGCAGAAACCGACCUGCCACACCGUCUCACGGUCUCACCGCCUUCCUUACAUCAUUUACUUCUCUUCAAUUCACUCCGCCUCACUCAAUCCUUGCUGCUCUAAACACGGCGACCUCCCACUCACCCACACAAACAAUCACUCCGCCCGUCGAAAAAGGGCGCAAAAAAAAGGGUGCCCAAAAAACUUUUUCCACCCUACCAGGUAUUCGAACAUCUGAACUUUUCUCCUUUUCAGGGGUCCAUAGAGUUACUUGGUGGUUCGAUCUGGAGUACGGUUAACGGGUGGGAAGUUGAAAACUCAGCCCUUCUCUUCUCACGGUUCUUGAUCCUCGAGAAGGGCCUGGUUUUUUUUCUUGGCGGGGGUUUUGAUAACUUGAGCUAUCGACACCUUCAUCGAGCAUCCACAUUGAUUGUUGCGGUGCUACUCCGAUUGUCGAGAACAAUUCGACGAGUUCGGUAUAUCUCCCCUAUAAUUUUUCUGGGUCUGGGGCUGUCGGCACUGAAAAGGGCGGGCACAAGGCAAAAGGCAAGAAGUGAAUGGAUGCAAUCAUGUGAUCAGGUGCGACACCCUUGGUCCGGUGUUGACAAUCGGAGGGCGCUGGCGGGUGAGUUGGCAGUAUAGUGGCUACGGCUGACAAGCCCAGUGAGUACUGAGGAAGGUGCUUGGAUACCUAGCUACCUAGUUAUGAGCUUUACGGAGUAGUGUGGUGCAGGAUAUGCUUGCAUCGCGAGAUGAGAUGAGAUGUUCAAGGCAAUAAUACCUGGACAUCCUUACCUGCUGAACGAAGCUUGGUAAUAGUCAGCCGGCCGCUGGUGGCAGCGUAUCAAUGAGCAUCUAAGACUCCCGCAGGAUAAAUUG